CGUCGCCGCCGCGCAGAGCCUUGCCCGCCUGCCCGCCCGCCUCGCUCCUGGAAGGGGCGGCCGCCUCCAGGUGACCCGGACGGGACUGGCUUGCGCUUUCCAGAUGCAUCAGCGCUACUUCUGGACCGAGCAGGGCCCCGCGGCGCUCGGCGGGCCGUUGGCGGCGGACGGCGCGGGCUUCUUCGCCAUGGCGGAGGCCGGGUUGGCCGGCGGCGCGUACGCCCCCCCCGCGGGCCCGGACGGCGACCCCCGCGCGCACUGCACCGUGCUGAGCUGGGAGCAGGUGCGGCGGCUCGACGGCAUCCUGAGCGAGACCAUCCCGAUCCACGGGCGCGGCAACUUCCCCACGCUCGAGCUGCAGCCCAGCCUGAUCGUGAAGGUGGUGCGGCGGCGCCUGGCCGACCGGCGCAUCGGGGUGCGCGACGUGCGGCUCAACGGCUCGGCCGCCAGCCACGUCCUGCACCAGGACAGCGGCCUGGGCUACAAGGACCUGGACCUCAUCUUCUGCGCCGACCUGCGCGGCGAGGAGGAGUUCCAGACGGUGAAGGACGCGGUGCUCGACUGCCUGCUGGACUUCCUGCCCGAGGGCGUGAACAAGGAGAAGAUCACGCCGCUCACGCUCAAGGAGGCUUAUGUGCAGAAAAUGGUUAAAGUGUGCAAUGACUCUGACCGGUGGAGUCUCAUCUCCCUGUCCAACAACAGUGGCAAAAACGUGGAACUGAAAUUUGUGGAUUCCCUGCGGAGGCAGUUUGAAUUCAGUGUAGAUUCUUUUCAAAUCAAGUUAGACUCUCUUCUCCUCUUUUACGAAUGCUCAGAGAACCCCAUGACUGAAACGUUCCACCCCACCAUUAUCGGGGAGAGUGUCUAUGGCGAUUUCCAGGAAGCUUUUGAUCACCUUUGUAACAAAAUCAUUGCCACCAGAAACCCGGAAGAGAUCCGAGGGGGCGGCCUGCUUAAGUACUGCAACCUGCUGGUGAGGGGCUUCCGGCCGGCAUCAGAGGAGAUCAAGACCCUGCAAAGGUACAUGUGUUCCAGGUUCUUCAUUGACUUCUCAGACAUUGGGGAGCAGCAGAGGAAACUGGAAUCCUAUCUGCAGAAUCACUUCGUGGGGUUGGAAGACCGCAAGUACGAGUAUUUGAUGACCCUUCACGGAGUGGUGAAUGAGAGUACCGUGUGUCUGAUGGGACAUGAGAGAAGACAGACUUUAAACCUCAUCACCAUGCUGGCCAUCCGGGUGCUUGCUGAUCAGAAUGUCAUCCCCAAUGUGGCCAAUGUCACUUGCUAUUACCAGCCAGCCCCCUAUGUAGCAGAUGCUAACUUUAGCAAUUACUACAUCGCCCAGGUUCAGCCAGUAUUCACAUGCCAGCAGCAGACCUACUCUACAUGGCUACCCUGUAAUUAAGAAUCAGUUAAAAAUAUACCCGAUGGGGAAGCUAUUGCAGACAAGAAUGGGGGGGGGAAAGAAGGAAAAAAAAUUAGCGGGGUGACUUCCCUAAUUAGGGAUGUGCUUUUGUACAGUGAUAUGCUCCUGAUUUUAAGCUAGGCAGAACUUCGGGAUCUCUUCAUUAGUAUGAGAGCAUGAUGCCAAACCAAUCAUUCCCCCCCCCCAACCCCCCAUCCCCAUCCCCAAUUGGAUUCUAACUUGAAACCAAGGAAGACCUGACAUUAAAAGCAACCAGGUUUUCCCAAGAUAACAAGGGGAGGAAAUGGUCGAUGACAAUAUGGGUUUGUAGCAAUCGCUUCCCAUAGCUUUGCCAAAGUGUGUGUGUGGGGGAGGGGGACUGGUAGAGAAACUUUUCAAGAUGGAAUUCACAAAGGGAAGACUAGAGGGAGUGAGGAAAGGUCUCUCUGCACCUUGUGAGUACCAGUUCAGGAGUUCACGUAGUCACAGUCUAGGAAGAAGAAGAACUCCAAGACUGGGAUUACUCUCUGAGACUUGCUAGCAAGUGCUCUCCGUGGAGUGGUUCUCACUCGGCCUGGAAUCGGAUGAGCAGGAAUGCAGGUUGGUGCCCUUCUUGUAACGAACGGAAGAAUUGAGGAUGACACGAUGCAUUCUUUCCAGCUGCAUGCAUAGCUCGCAUUUUUAAAAUGUGGAAAUGCCAGCAGAAGCAGCUGUAGCAAAGAAAAUAUGCUCAAGGACCAAAGAUUUCACAGAUAAAAAUUCCCAAGUACAAGAGACAUAGGAUAUAUAUAUAUGUAUGUAUAUGUAUAUACAUACAUACAUAUAUAUGAAAGAGUCACUAUAUUUGUUACACACCAGUAUACAUCAAAGUGCCUGUUGCUUUCUGAAAAUUUGAAGUGGAAAAUUAUUUUAUGGUUUAAUGAUUAUUUUAUCAGGGAAUCAAGAAGAAAAUAAAACAACAUAGAAGCUUGUGAAUGGUGGAGGAAAUGCCCUACUUUUUCUUUUGGCAAAUAUGUGUAUAAAGUUGAUAUUGUCAGUGUGAUGUUGUCCUAGGUACGUGUGUGUAUUGUGUGUGUGUAUGCAUAUGUACAGAUGAUAAUGUAUAUAUAUGUACACAUACUACCUUGGCUAUGACCUAAAACAAUAUGUCAAGUAGGAAAUGUUUAAAAUACUGUGUGCUUUAAUGUUUGCAGUAGGAUGACAUGAGAGGGCAUAUUGCAAUGAUGAAUUAGAACCCACAUCUAAAAAAAAUGAAGGAGGGAAACAAAUAAUAUAUUUAUAGGAAAAGAAGAGAUUAUAAUUUUUAGUGAGUUUUUUUUGUCUUUUUUUUUUCUGUGAGCCAGAGAAUUCCAUAUUGAAUAUUUGUUUGGUAGAGCACUCUUAUAUUGAUAGCAUUUUGACAGCUUGAAACCAUUAGAGGAGAAUAAUUGCAUACUCCAAGGUAUGCAAUUCAUGGAGCGUGGAGAUGAUAGGCUACUUAAAUCCCUGACUGCUAACAAGAAUUUCUGGUGAUCUGAACACUACUUAUUAGUAUUUAAAUGAAUUUAUAAAUGAAUGCAUUCUGCAUUUCUGGACCACUAGAAUUUAGUAAAUGUGAAAUGACCCUUUUUAAAGAGUAUUUGCACAAUUGCAUAAAGUUUAUAUUAUGAGAUAUAUAUUAUAUAUGAUGUUUUAUAAAUUUAUGCCAAUAUGAAACAUCUUUGAUUGGGAUGUCACACUGCAUUUAAGUAUUUAGUACUGUACUUUAAAUUAAAUCACUUUGCAUUAAACCAAACCCAACUUUGUUCUCCCUUUGGCAAAAGACCAUAAAUAUCUUUGCUAAAUGAGCUGAUAGCAGCACUUUUUUCAGUUCCAGCUCUUCUCUCAGCCCUCUAGAAUACUGGUCUCUGAAAAUAAUGUUCAUUAAAAGAAACGAACACUCACCAAAACGUCCCCUUCAUGUCACGAAGCAACCAUAGGAUCCCCACCAACCCUAGUAGAGCAUUGCUUAUUAUUCAUUCUUUUGAAGGCCCACCCAGAAGAUUCUUGCCAUCAAACCAAGAGGCACCAGGGAAGGAAAUGGCAUCCUUGCUUUGGCAGGAUGAUGGGUUUCUUUCUUUGUCAUCUGUGCAUCCCUCUGCUCUUCAGUGUUGGUUACCCUGAGUAAUCUAUCUGAACUGCCUUUUGUGCAUCUCUGAAGCCUUAACCGGAAGCUGCUGAGUUUGCUGUAGCAGCUUCCCUGUGAAUUCCCUCUGGUCUAUCACAGCCACCUCCACUGCCACUCACGUUUUUUGGUGGGGGAGCCCUUCCUACUCUUAAGUUGGCUCAGUCUCCCUCACUCAGUCUCCUGAGUUUGAAAAACGUAAUCACAAAAUCCCUAGGAAACUAUUCAGCUCACAGAUUGAUCCUGUCAGAAACCACAGCGCCACCUUCUUAGCUAUUGGGAAGUUUUCUAAGAGAAAACUAAGGAAUGCCGAUGAUCAGAGGAACUUCGGCUGCGCACCUGCUUUCCUUCCCACCCUCAGUAUGGACAGAUGAUUUGUACUAUUGUGAGGAGUCUAGAGAUCUCAGGCUCUACCGUUCAUUUAUGACAGGUUUUGUUUCCCUCUGGUGGAAGGAGCCUUAUUUGCAAAUAGGACUUUUCAUUUAUAUUCUCCAAUAUUUAUAUUCUUUCUUGCUGACUUCAGGGUUGUUAGCUUAGUUGGAAGUGCCAUACACCUAGCAUUCAGAUAGAACAGGCUUUCCAGGAGACAAUUUUCUAUAUGCACUUAAAGACUUAAUAUAAUUUAUUUCUAUUUUGUAUGUACUAUAGUCUUGUGCAUAUGUAGUUGAACACAGUGGGAGAUAUAUCUGUAUCUUUGUGGAUGUAUGGCCUAAAAAUUUGAAUGUCUAGUGAGAGAGAGAGAGAGAGAGAGCCAUGUGUAUAGGUCAGGAAAAAGAAACCACAACAGCUCUCAACUCCUGAUUAGUGCCUGUGAUUUUGUUUGCUUCCGUGUUUAUCUGCCCUAGUGUGCUGUUACUUCAAAACAGGAAGAAGUUUUGUCUUCUGGACGCAUUUCUCACCUGCCCAGUCUGGCAUGUCAGAGAACCUUUAGCCUGUGGCAGUGCCCUCUAAAAAAAGUUUACUUCAUCAGUAGUAAUUUCCAACUGCCUCAAGAACUCUUUUAACACCCAAACGGACUUUUCCCUUCCAGAAAUGGGAUCAAAUACCUGCUUGGUUUGAGAUAUUGGAUGGACUAUUGUUUGUGUGGGUCCAAAACAAAAAUGCAAGGAUAGCAGGAUAUCUGUAAUCCAAGCUAAGAAGGAAACAAAGUGAAAAGUGAACGUUCAGUUUUUACCACCCCUUUCUGUUUUGCUUAUUGUUGGUUCUUUUUAUUGUGCAUAAAGUUGUUUUCAGUGCAAGGCUGUUAAAUAAAUAUUGUGAACUCUUUUGUAAAUGAAACGUGUUAUGUUGAAAGCUGUCAACAGCUGUCAAAAAUAAGCUUUUUUUGUUAUUGUUGUUGAAAACAAACAUGUUAGAUGAAACCAAAAAGCCAAAAAAAAAGUGAUUUCAUAUAUAGCACCUGUUUGAAUAUAAUCUUUCUUUCAGAUUUCUUUUGAGCAUAGCCUUUCAGUGCUAUGAGACAAUCUCUAUGUUAAUCUUUUGUUAUUAUAAUGGCUUGCUAAGGAAGUAAGUGGUAAAAGCACAAAGCGGGAAGAUGUUGGAGUCCCUUGGAGAGACUUGGUGCAUGUGUUUUUGGACUGGACCGGAGGGAACUGUGUCCUGCUGGCUGUUUUUCCUCCCACCUCUCCACAGCCACACCUGCUCAGAGUCCGAGUCCUAACUACAGCAGGCUGCACCUGGGCUCACUGUCUUGGAAUCUGACUGUGGUGUGCCACAGGCAGAAAUAGAAUGGAUGGAAAAUGGACUCUUAAAAGAAAACUGACAUGUUUGAAUCAGUGCUAGAGGGAACAGAUUGUGAAUUUUGUUUACAGAAUCCAAUAUUUGGAUUUUUUUUUUGUUUUGUAAAUAAAAAGAAGUUAUUUUUUUCUAUUGA